AUGUCACUCGAGCAGAUCGCGUUUGCUGACCGCAUCAUCCUGAACAAGCUUGACCUUGUCAGCGCUGAUCAGAAGGAGGCAGUCAUCAAGCGCAUCAAGGCCAUCAACAAGCCUGUCCAGAUCCUGGAGGCCAUCCAGGCGCGCGUGGACUUGGACCAGCUGCUGGGCAUUGGGGCGUUCAGCCUGGACCGCGUGCUGGCUGUGGAGCCGGACUUCCUGGAGGACAAGGAGCACGAACACGACAGCUCCAUCACCAGCGUGGGCAUCACCUGCGAGGGCGCCUGCGACCCCGACAAGCUCAACGCCUGGCUGCGGCGCCUGCUGACAGAGAAGGGUGCCGACCUGUUCCGCUCCAAGGGGGUGUUGGCCAUGGCUGGCAGUGACGACAGGCACGUGUUCCAGGGGGUGCACAUGCUGCUGCAGAUGACCAGCAGCGCCUACGACGACGUCGCGCCGUGGGCCCCUGGCGAGAAGCGCGUGAACAAGCUGGUCUUCAUCGGGCGCAACCUCGACCGCACGGACCUCACCAGCAGCUUCAAAGCCUGCCUCGUGUGA